AUGGAACGAACUACUGGAGAGAAGGAGUUGUUGGAGCGGUACAAUAAUGUAGAGGGGCCACGUCAAGUCAAUGUGUGGUGUUUCUGGGGACCCAGCAGUCACGUCAAGACAGGGCCUGGUAAUAAUUCUUUGUCAAGCAACUAUAGGCCAGCUGGUAACCAUCCUUUGUCAACCAAUAGUAGGCCAGCUGGUAACCAUCCUUUGUCAACCAAUAAUAGGCCAGCCGUUAACAAUCCUUUGUCAACCAAUAAUAGGCCAGCUGGUAACCAUCCUUUGUCAACCAAUAAUAGGCCAGCUGGUAACCAUCCUUUGUCAACCAAUAAUAGGCCAGCUGGUAACCAUCCUUUGUCAACCAAUAAUAGGCCAGCUGGUAACCAUCCUUUGUCAACCAAUAAUAGGCCAGCUGGUAACCAUCCUUUGUCAACCAAUAAUAGGCCAGCUGGUAACCAUCCUUUGUCAACCAAUAAUAGGCCAGCUGGUAACAAUCCUUUGUCAACCAAUAAUAGACCAGCUGGUAACAAUCCUUUGUCAACCAAUAAUAGGCCAGCUGGUUACCAUCCUUUGUCAACCAAUAAUAGGCCAGCUGUUAACAAUCCUUUGUCAACCAAUAAUAGGCCAGCUGGUAACCAUCCUUUGUCAACCAAUAAUAGGCCAGCUGGUAACCAUCCUUUGUCAACCAAUAACAGGCCAGCUGGUAACCAUCAUUUGUCAACCAAUAAUAGGCCAGCUGGUAACAAUCCUUUGUCAACCAAUAAUAGGCCAGCUGGCAACAAUCCUUUGUCAACCAAUAAUAGGCCAGCUGUUAACAAUCCUUUGUCAACCAAUAAUAGGCCAGCUGUUAACAAUCCUUUGUCAACCAAUAACAGGCCAGCUGGUAACCAUCAUUUGUCAACCAAUAAUAGGCCAGCUGUUAACAAUCCUUUGUCAACCAAUAAUAAGCCAGCUGGUAACCAUCCUUUGUCAACCAAUAAUAGGCCAGCUGGUAACAAUCCUUUGUCAACCAAUAAUAGGCCAGCUGGUAACCAUCCUUUGUCAACCAAUAAUAGGCCAGCUGGUAACCAUCCUUUGUCAACCAAUAAUAGGCCAGCUGGUAACCAUCCUUUGUCAACCAAUAACAGGCCAGCUGGUAACCAUCCUUUGUCAACCAAUAAUAGGCCAGCUGGUAACAAUCCUUUGUCAACCAAUAAUAGACCAGCUGGUAACAAUCCUUUGUCAACCAAUAAUAGACCAGCUGGUAACAAUCCUUUGUCAACCAAUAAUAGGCCAGCUGGUUACCAUCCUUUGUCAACCAAUAAUAGGCCAGCUGUUAACAAUCCGUUGUCAACCAAUAAUAGGCCAGCUGGUAACAAUCCUUUGUCAACCAAUAAUAGGCCAGCUGGCAACAAUCCUUUGUCAACCAAUAAUAGGCCAGCUGUUAACAAUCCUUUGUCAACCAAUAAUAGGCCAGCUGUUAACAAUCCUUUGUCAACCAAUAACAGGCCAGCUGGUAACCAUCAUUUGUCAACCAAUAAUAGGCCAGCUGUUAACAAUCCUUUGUCAACCAAUAAUAAGCCAGCUGGUAACCAUCCUUUGUCAACCAAUAAUAGGCCAGCUGGUAACAAUCCUUUGUCAACCAAUAAUAGGCCAGCUGGUAACCAUCCUUUGUCAACCAAUAAUAGGCCAGCUGGUAACCAUCCUUUGUCAACCAAUAAUAGGCCAGCUGGUAACCAUCCUUUGUCAACCAAUAACAGGCCAGCUGGUAACCAUCCUUUGUCAACCAAUAAUAGGCCAGCUGGUAACAAUCCUUUGUCAACCAAUAAUAGACCAGCUGGUAACAAUCCUUUGUCAACCAAUAAUAGACCAGCUGGUAACAAUCCUUUGUCAACCAAUAAUAGGCCAGCUGGUUACCAUCCUUUGUCAACCAAUAAUAGGCCAGCUGUUAACAAUCCGUUGUCAACCAAUAAUAGGCCAGCUGGUAACCAUCCUUUGUCAACCAAUAAUAGGCCAGCUGGUAACAAUCCUUUGUCAACCAAUAACAGGCCAGCUGGUAACCAUCCUUUGUCAACCAAUAAUAGGCCAGCUGUUAACAAUCCUUUGUCAACCAAUAAUAGGCCAGCUGGUAACCAUCCUUUGUCAACCAAUAAUAGGCCAGCUGGUAACCAUCCUUUGUCAACCAAUAACAGGCCAGCUGGUAACCAUCCUUUGUCAACCAAUAAUAGGCCAGCUGGUAACAAUCCUUUGUCAACUAAUAAUAGGCCAGCUGGCAACAAUCCUUUGUCAACCAAUAAUAGGCCAGCUGUUAACAAUCCUUUGUCAACCAAUAAUAGGCCAGCUGUUAACAAUCCUUUGUCAACCAAUAACAGGCCAGCUGGUAACCAUCCUUUGUCAACCAAUAAUAGGCCAGCUGGUAACCAUCCUUUGUCAACCAAUAAUAGGCCAGCUGGUAACCAUCCUUUGUCAACCAAUAAUAGGCCAGCUGGUUACCAUCCUUUGUCAACCAAUAAUAAGCCAGCUGGUAACCAUCAUUUGUCAACCAAUAAUAGGCCAGCUGGUAACCAUCCUUUGUCAACCAAUAACAGGCCAGCUGUUAACCAUCCUUUGUCAACCAAUAACAGGCCAGCUGGUAAUUCUAAAAUGUGGCUAACUUAUCGUCGUUUCCGGCGGAACAUUUUCUGUGCUUUGAUUAAAUUGCCAGCUAAUCAACAGAUACCACUAAUUACAUCUCCACCGAGAGAUGGAGACAACCUUGUGGAUCAACACAAUUAA